UCUAUUACUCAUAUCUCUGGUUCUUUAAGAUUUGGCCGGUGAAGUCAAAAUCUGAUUCUGCUAUUUCUUUGGAGACAAUAUUAAUGAGUACGGUCGAGCUGAAUGGAGAGGCAGAGAAGUUACACAGUUUUGCCAAGAAUGGCAAGUGGUCAGAAGUGCUUAAAAUGUACGAGAACUACAGCCACGGGGAGCUUCGCAGGGCCAAGUUAACAGCCACAGGAGACACCAUAUUACACAUGGCUGUGUCCAGUGGGAAAGUAAAGGAGGUGGAAAAGAUGGUGGACUUGGUUUGUGGAAAGAGAUAUGACCGGGCUAACAGGUCGGAGCCAUUGUUGUCAGUGGAUGAAAAUGAGAAGCAGCUUGUCCUUGGGGCCGAGAAUGAUAGGAAGAACAAUCCUCUGCAUUUGGCAGCUUCAAAGGGGAAUGCUUAUAAAAUGUGUAAGAAGAUCGGUGAGGCAGACCCCUCCUUAAUUGCCAGACGCAACAUCGCCGGGGAGACACCGCUCUUUUUGGCGGCUUUCUCCGGCAGGAAAAAAGCUUUUCUUUGGCUUCAUUAUCUGUACAUGGACAGCCAUGGAGUUUCUUCAACCGACAUUGCUCACUGCAUAAGGGACGACGAGGACACCAUUCUUCACUGUUCCAUUGCACAAGGGCAUUUAGAUGUGGCACUCGAAAUAGUUCGGCUUUAUGAGAAAGAGAUGAUGUUGAGGCGCAACAAGGAUGGGUUGUCUCCGCUCCAUCUCUUGGCAACAAUGCCUUCAGCUUUCGAAAGUACUGAUCUACUUGAUCGAUCUUUCGUUUCUCGACUCAUUUAUCCUUGGAUUUUUGUUGAGAAGAAGGAGCGGGCCACGAAGAAGGAAGAAGUGGCAUCAUUACGUGAACCCGCACUAUGCGUCAAGGUGCUCAUGAAAGCACUAUUCGAGUGUUGUAGAGAUCAUGCAAGAUCCUCCCCUAUGGCUCAAUGUGUCUGGUUUCCUCUGAUGGUGCUGGGUCUUAUGUUUCUAUACCCCCUAUCAAGCCUCGAAAGUUCAUUGUUUUCAUCAGAGACAUGGUUGCAUGAAAUACGAAAAAUGAAGGAGAAACACACAUGGUCUGUUCAAAUAAUAGAACAAAUUCUUCAAAAUGCUUCCAAUGAUGAGAUAUCAACAAUAAUAACGAGAGCCCCCUCUCAACGGCCUUCAUCUUCCUCUAAAAGAAAAGAGGACAACGAGCCGGUGUCUAUAAUAGUGGAGACACCCCUAAUGAUUGCUGCGAAGAAUGGUGUGAUAGAAAUGGUAGACAAGAUUCUGAAAAAAUUUCCAUCCACGAUUAAAGAUGUGAAUGAUGAUGAGAAGAAGAACAUAGUUUUACUAGCAGCAGAAAAGAGGCAGAUCAAGGUAUAUCAAUUUUUGUAUGAAAAUGGAAACCUUGACAAAAGUGCAUUUAGACAAGUGGAUGAAGACGGGAACACUGCAUUGCACUUGGCAGCCAAGCUUGGAGUCAACUUAAAUUGGCAAACAUGUACCAUGAUUGAGGAAUUCAAGUGGUUUGAGUUUGUGAAAAACUCAGUGCCUCUUGAUUUUUGGGAGAGGCACAACAAUGAUGGGAAAAUUGCUGAAGAAAUCUUUGGAGAAAGUUACAGGGAGCAAAUGACAAGUGACACAGAAUGGUUGAAUAAAACCUCAGAAGCAUGUUCUGUGGUAUCGACCUUGGUUGCGUCCAUGGCCUUUUCCAAUGUGGUUGACAAUUUCGACAAGGGCAACUCAAAUAUCCUUAUAAACAAAUUUGGAUUCAAAGCUUUUCCAAACCUAUCACUUGUGGCCCUUUCCUUCUCCCUCACUUCCACCAUCUUCUUCUUGGCUAUACUUGCUUCUCGUUCUCAUUCUCUGACCUUUUGGAAGUACGUUCCUUUCAUGCUUUUUCUUGGUAUAUCCUUCAUGUUGAGCUCCAUUGUUUCUUUGUGGAUCUCUCUUAUGCUCCAUGACCACUCUUCAACAACUAAUUACUUAAUUCUUGGCUCGCCAAUCGCCGUCCUUGUUCUUGUCUCACUACCCAUAUUCAUUGGUCCUACAAUAAGGUCUAUGUUUACCAAAUUUCCUUCCCCAAACCGCAUCACAACUAGUGCCAUCCGGUACCGAAGGACCCGGAAAAAGGAAAAGGGAACAGAUUUUAGCACCCCAAAUUAAGUGCAUGUCUUACUAUAUAUUUCAAACAACACAAUCCAUCACCACUUUCAUUUUAAACGCUUUGGUUCGUGUGAUCGAUAGUUUGAAUUCCCUUUUGUUCACAAUAAUACGUGUGUGAUAAGUAUAGUGUUUCCAUAUCAUAUGAUAGUACUGUACUUUGAGACUGUAAUAAUUAUUCCUUUGACCUCAUCACUUAUUUAACUUCUUUUUUUGGGGUGCUCA